CCGCCCAAACCGCCCCCCCCUCCGUCGCCGAGUCCGCCGCCGCCGCCGCCGUCGCCUCGGCCACCGUCGCCGCGGCCUCCGCCUGCCCCGCCGUGGUCCGUGCCAGCGGGCUGGGCCCCCUAUCACCUCACACAUCAGCACAGCACUUGCCGCGCCAAGAGUCAGCGGCUCGGCAAGUUUGAGAGCGCCGGCGAGUGCGCCGCCGCGUGCGACCGCAACCGGCCGGUCUGCUCCUUCUUCAUCUUCGGCAGGCUGUCCGACGAGCGCGGCGCCUACCGAGGAGAGUGCUGGGCCUCGCUCGCCGCCGACAAGUCGUGCCCCGAGGGCCUCGAGCCGGCCGAGGCCAGCAUGUACGCUCUCGGACCGGAGCCCGUCGCAGACGAGGCCACGCGCUUGCUCGUCGUGGCGCUGUCCACCGCGCUGGCCACGGCGGCCCUUCUCCUCGCCGCCGCCGGCUGCUACGUGCGAGGCUGCCCCCCCUUCUCUCGCCGGCCGGGUCGGAAGGGUCUGCCGGGCAGGUUUGUCGAGUUGCGGGCCUGAAGGCGAGCAGCUUGCAGGCUAGAGUGGCGGGCGGAGCGACGGCCGACCGCGAAGACGCACCAGUGGGGAGUGAGAGUAUCUCUCUGCGCGGGGGCGAGGCGCUCGGGGCGCGUGGUGCCGGCGGGGGAGCACGCGCUGGGGCAAUGUCAGCGCUGGUACCCCACACCCAACAGAACCAAACCCUCCUCACAUCUGAUCAUAAACGCCGGGAAAGCCGCUAGCCGGGUCUGACAAUUGAGGUGACAUC